AUGAGCGCUUCCACACCAAACCACACAACCUCGGAUUCCCGCGCUCGUCGGUCCAAAUUUCGACAGGCGACAUUUAUUCUUCCUCGAACAGGCCAACGGUUGAAAGGGUUGGUGAAUCUGGUGAAAUCGGGAAGGCGCGAUGGCGCUGAUACCCAAUAUGGUGAUGAGGAGGAGCAACAGCCUCUCCUCGACGGCUGGUCCUCCUCUUCUUCUCUAAAUACACCUCAUCGAAUGGCCGAUAUGGGAAACACCGCACACAAUGGGAUACUAGGCUUUUGGGAUAAGGUGCACGCAUUUGCUGUUUCGGAACAUGGCAAAGGCGUCUUCAAAUUCGGCUUGGCUUACCUGUUGGGAUCUUUGGCGACGUUCAUACCCUUCAUCUCGUCGUUUUUAGGUCAUCAAGAUGGGAAGCACGUUGUUGCGACUGUUACCGUAUAUUUUCACCCUGCUCGUUCCAGAGGGAGUAUGAUCAAGGCUCUGAUCUGCGCCAUUCUCGCAUUCCUCUAUACGACAUUCGUAUCUGUCACCAGCAUGUGCGUCUCCAUGUUCUUCGAGAAUCUCGACUUGCUAGUGGUUGGCCAUAUCAUAGUUUUGAUCAUCUUUGUCGGUGGUGGAUUUGCGUUUAUCGGGUGGACGAAACAGAGGCUCAACGACCCUCUGGUCAACGUUGCAUGCUCCCUCGCUUCACUCUCCACGACUACAAUCCUGACUAAAGAAGGCGCGGUCCAAAAUGGGAACUUCUCGUUCGCCAAAAUUGAGCAGACUCUGAAAAUGCUGAUUAUGGGCGUCUGCGUAGCUAUGGCAGUAUCAUUCCUUUUCUUUCCCAUAUCGGCAAGGAAGAAGUUGCGAGCAAAUGUGACCACCAUGACAAGCACCCUUGCAAUCAUGCUCGGCUAUGUGACCGAGAGCUUCAUCACUGGAUCUGAUGACGAAAUGCAUACAUCGCCAUUCACCAAUGCGUCCGCACAGAACAAGAGAAGCUAUGUUCUCUUGGAUAAAUUGGUGAAGGAAGCCAAACUUGAGCAUUACGCCACAGGUACGGAGAGGGAAUACCGAUUGGAAAAAAGACUCGUUCGAUGUGUUCAAGACAUCAACCAGAACAUGGGUGGAUUGCAAAGUGCAGCAAAUCUACAGUUCCAACUUCUAAAGCAAACUCAACAGGGCACCGGCAUCUUCUUACCUAAUAGUAGCAUUCUUACACGCAAGAAUAGCUCAACCAGCUAUCCUGGAAUCUGGUCGGUCUUUGAAGGCCCCGCGACUCUCACGCCAUCAAGGGAGCCAGAGGAGGCUGACUUAACAUCGGAGCCUCAGACUAUGGAUGUUUCCGUGCCGAACCUGGAUUACGAAAGAGGUAUUUCGACUACCACACCAUCUCCACAACGGAUGUUUGAGGUCUUUAUUGAACAUCUGGGGCCAUCUAUGCAAUCAUUUGCCUUCACCCUCAAGGAGAUUCUAGAGGAGAUACCCUUCGGCCCUGGCCCCGAUCAUAAAGUGUCAUUUAACACCAAGUUUCAUAGCAGUCUCGAUCGUGCUUUGAAGCUAUACCGUGACGCUAGAGAAGCAGCCUUAGCUUCGGUCUACCGGGAAAGAGAUUUUGCUAGAAUUCAGUCCCCCGAAGUGGAAGCUGACCUAGAGGAGGUGUCUGCUAGCUGCGGUCAUUUUAGUUUUACUUUGAUGGAGUUCGGAGAGCAAUUGAAGGGUCUUCUCCAGAUUCUAGAUGAGUUGAAGCUUGAAUGCGACGAACGUCCUCAGGGUUUAACGUGGAAUUGGCUCAAGUUCUGGCGGGUUUUUACGAGUUCCGGUCCAGAAUCUUCGAAUAGUGAAUAUUCGAAUCUGGCACUUGCGAGCUCCAGCCGUCCUCCCUUGAGGAAAGGGCAUUCGUCGUUGGAAAGUGGCUAUACCGAUGAUAUUCGCCUUCGGAACAAGCUCACAUAUCGAGUCUGGAAGUCCUUUAGCUUCUUGCGACGUGACGAGACGAAAUACGCCGUUAAAGUCGGUGUUGGUGCCGCCGUAUAUGCUUUACCAUCUUUUAUCUCUGCGACACGGCCUGUAUUUACGGCAUGGAGGGGGGAAUGGGGCCUUGUCUCUUACAUGUUGGUCUGCUCUAUGACUAUUGGAGCGUCCAACACUACCGGGUAUGCUCGAUUCCUCGGCACGUGUCUUGGUGCCUGUUGUUCGAUAGCUUCGUGGUAUGUGUCCGCUGGGAAUGUUUUUGCUCUCGCCUUUCUGGGCUGGCUUAUGGCCACAUGGACCGCAUAUAUUAUUUUGGUCAAAGGCCAAGGGCCUAUGGGACGAUUCAUCAUGCUCACAUAUAAUCUUUCGGUUCUAUAUGCUUACUCACUGUCUGCGAAUGACAAUGACCAUGAUGACGAUGAAGGUGGUGCUCACCCGAUUAUAACGGAGAUUGCACUCCAUCGUGUGGUUGCAGUCCUGUCUGGCUGCGUCUGGGGAAUUAUAGUCACAAGAAUUAUUUGGCCAAUCAGUGCAAGGUCAAAACUAAAGGAUGGACUGAGCCUUCUCUGGCUGCAGAUGAGCUUGAUCUGGAAACGUGACCCCUUGUCAACAAUGGUCAAUGGCAAGCCUGUUAUUCCUUAUCUGACCGCUCGCGAAAAACUGCAAAUUGAGCGCUUCAUCCAGAAUUUGGAGUCGUUGCAGGUUUCAGGCAAGUCAGAAUUUGAACUGAGAGGCCCGUUCCCCGAGGUAGCUUACAGAAAUAUCAUUAACCGAACAAGAAGCAUGCUGAACGCCUUCUAUUCUAUGAAUAUGGAAAUCCUAAAAAAUCUCACGGCAUCAGAGGGCGAGAUUAGUUUGCUUCGAUAUACGACUCAAGAGCGUGUCCAACUGUCAUCCCGCAUCAGUCACUUGUUAUCAGUGCUUGCAUCUUCAAUGAAGCUCGAGUACCCUUUGAAUGAUGCUCUACCGAAUAUACAACACGCGCGAGACAGAUUGCUAGCUCGUAUAUAUCACUAUCGUCGAGAAACCGAAUCGUCGUUACACACGACCGAUAGCGAUUAUGCAUUAUUAUAUGCCUAUGUCUUGGUUACAGGGCAAUUGGGAAGCGAGAUUAUUGAGCUCGUUAGCGAAAUCAGCAGCCUCUUUGGUGUAUUGAACGAGGAUGUUAUUGAGCUUCAAUAG